AAACGUAAAUCAACUUACUAAACGGAUAUCUACAGGCAGCGGUUGCUAGACGCCCGGCUCGAUGGAUGGCCGUCUCAUUACAGCCUAAGAAUUGUGUGUCCGGAACAUCGCGUUCUCCGCGGGACUAUUUAAUGAAUACGAGAAGAAGGAUGAGGCCUUUUGUCCGGCCAUUCCUGCGCAGGAUAUAAAGUCUUGGAUGCUUAAGCCGGCCAGACUGGUGCCUUCUAGCCAGUAUCAAUUUAACCAUUUCCUAUUCUCAGUUUCUCUUACCCUUCUUUGCGAUCAUGCGUGCUCCUCUCGUUAUAUUGGCUUUAGCCACUACCGUUUGUCUUGGCCAGGAAACUGCUGCUCGAUCGAGCCAGGCCCAAGAUCUCUACAGCUGUGUUUCCAAAGUCUUCUCGACUACGGCAUCUCAGCGCAUCGUCCGACCCGAGGAUGAUACCUACCUGGACGCACGGCUGGGCGAGAAGAUCCAAUUUACCGAGUUUCCACUCUUGAUCGCCUACGCAGAAAAGGCAGAGGAGGUCGGCAAGUUGGUGAAAUGCGCCAAGAAGGCCGGCGUCAAGGCAGUUCCUCGCACUGGCGGCCACAGCUUCACGGCAUUCUCGUCUCUCAACGGCACUCUGGUGAUUGACAUCGCACACAUCAACCAAGUCCAGGUUUCUCGAGAUCGUCGCUCGGCCACCGUAGGCGCGGGAAUUCGCCUCGGUGCGCUCUACACGGCCCUCAAUGAAUAUGACACGUCCUUCAUCGGGGGUAUUUGUCCCACCGUCGGACUGGCAGGUUUCCUGGGAUCGGGGGGAUUCAACAUGCAGCAGCGAUCCCAGGGUCUCGGGGUUGACCACGUUCUCGCUGCCAAGGUCGUCACCGCAGACGGUAGGACAGUCCUGGCUUCCCCAAAGUCGCAUCCCGACUUGUUCUGGGCCAUCCGCGGUGGUGGCGGCGGCACUUACGGCAUCGUGGUGGAGUUUACGCUGUCUCUGACCAAAGUGCCACGAUCAGCCAUGCUUCUGCUGAGCUGGAACAAUACCGAAGCUCGUUUCCCCGUCGCCCGGCGAUUUCUCGAUUGGGCCCCGAACCAGGAGCCAGCGUUCAUGUCACAAAUCAACGUUUAUCACGACACGGUGCAGGUGGUGGCCAUGCAUUACGGCCGGUCGGCGCAGGCCUUACGCAGCAUCGUUAAUGCGUCAGGUCUCUUGGAUAUUGGUCAUCCUGAGGUCGUUAUUGCCGGCGGUUGUAACGUCGACAACGCCCGCAUUUUCGGAUAUACGGCCAUGGAUUGCCUACCUGAUGACCAGGUGGACGCGUCGAUUCUGAAUGUGAUUCCUGAUCCAUUCAGCCAGGUGGGCAAUCAUCCUCAAUUCCAAUAUAAGGAGGAACGCAAGUCCGAUACUGUAGGCCCGGCUGCACCAUGGGACCGCUUCUACCGACUGAGCAAGUCAUUCUUCGUGCAGAAGAAUCGCCCACUCAGUGACGAAGUACUCAGGGGCGUCGUGGACCGUAUCGGCCAGCUGGACGAGGCCAGUGAGAUCUGGGGAGAGUGGCACUCGUGGAACAUUCCGCGCAAGACGCUCGGCUCCAAGAAUGCCUUUCCGUGGAGAGAGCAGGCAUACGCUCAUCUGGAAUUCCAAAUCCACGGAUCGGAGAAUCAAACCCAGCAACAAGCUUACGAGAACUGGUUCGAGGAUUUGGAGUCGUUCUUGCGCCCGGCUGUCGGGCCGGCGAGCUAUUCUGGCUACAUGGACGCAGAUAUCUCGGCCGACCCCCUGGUCUCGUAUUAUGGGGACAAUGUUUGUCGGCUGAUUUCGAUCAAGCAGAAAUAUGAUCCUGAGGAAUUUUUUACGAACCCAUUUUCCAUUCCGGCGUCGGUGCCGGAAGGAAUCGAGUGCUAGGAAUGGUAUGUGACCGUUGUAUAUAGUCGAGCUUGGAGGAUUUAUUACUUGUUCAUAA